ACAGUGUUUGUAUUUUUCAGGAGGUAGCAAAUAGCCUUGCCAAGCUCAGUCUCCUGGCCUUGAGUCGCCUCGGAGGGUAUCUCUUUGAAGAACAAGCUACACCUGAAAACCCAACGAUCAGGAAAAGCUUGGCUGGAAUGUUGACGCCCUAUAUUGCAAGGAAACUUGCUGUGGUCAGUCCUACUGAGACUCUUAAGAUGCUUAACAGUAACACAGAGAACCCCUACUUGAUCUGGAACAAUGGGACAAGAGCUGAAUUACUUGAGUUUUUGGAAUCUCAACAAGAAAGCAUGAUUAAGAGAGGUGAGUGUGACAAGAGCUAUGGAUCUGACUUUGUCUUCAGUGACCAUGCAAAGGAACUUAUUGUGGGAGAGAUUUUUGUUAGAGUCUACAAUGAGGUCCCUACCUUCCAACUAGAGCUUCCUAAAGCAUUUGCUGCAAGCCUCUUGGAUUACAUAGGCUCACAAGCACAGUACCUUCAUACGCUAAUGGCAAUAACACAGACUGGGAAAGUAGAGUCCAAUCAACAUGGAGAUCGGUUACGAAGAGUUGAAAUGGCCCUGGAGGCUCUGAGAAAUGUCAUAAAACACAACCCAGGUUCUGAGUGUGAGUGCAUAGGUCACUUUAAGUUGAUAUUCUCCCUUCUGCGUGUUCAUGGAGCUGGCCAGGUGCAGCAGUUGGCUCUGGAGGUAGUGAACAUAGUAACAAGUAACCAAGAAUGUGUUAACAACAUUGCUGAGGCCAUGGUUCUUGCUAACUUACUGGCACUCCUGCAUUCCUUACCUUCAAGUCGGCAACUUGUCCUUGAAACUUUGUAUGCUUUGACAUCUAGCACAAAAAUAAUUAAAGAGGCCAUGGCAAAAGGUGCUUUAAUCUACUUACUAGACAUGUUUUGCAACUCAACUCAUCCACAGGUCCGAGCCCAAACAGCAGAGCUCUUUGCCAAAAUGACUGCAGAUAAGCUGGUGGGUCCAAAGGUUCGAAUUACACUAAUGAAAUUUUUACCUGGAGUCUUCAUGGAUGCCAUGAGGGACAACCCUGAAGCUGCUGUUCAUAUAUUUGAGGGAACUCAUGAAAAUCCUGAGUUAAUUUGGAAUGACAAUUCCAGGGAGAGAGUAUCAACAACAGUUCGAGAAAUGAUGCUUGAGCACUUUAAACUUCAGAGGGACAACCCUGACACUAACUGGAAGCUGCCUGAAGACUUUGCUGUGGUGUAUGGUGAGGCAGAAGGUGAACUUUCUGUGGGGGGAGUCUUCCUAAGGAUUUUUAUUGCCCAGCCGGCCUGGGUUUUACGGAAACCAAGAGAAUUUCUCAUUGCACUGUUGGAAAAGUUUACUGAACUACUGGAGAAAAAUAACCCCCAUGGGGAAACUUUAGAAACCAUUACCACAGCAACUGUGUGCCUGUUCAGUGCCCAGCCUCAGCUAGCUGAUCAAGUUCCUCCGCUUGGUCAUCUUCACAAGAUAAUCCAAGCUAUGAAUCACAAGAACAAUGCCAUUCCGAAAAGUGCCAUUCGUGUCAUGCACAUAUUGUCUGACAAUGAGCUUUGUGUUCGAGCAAUGGCAUCACUAGAGACCAUUAGCCCUCUCAUGAAUGGAAUGAAAAAGAGAUCAGAUGUCAUUGGUGUAGCCUGUGAAGCCCUUAAUCGAAUGUUUCAGAAGGAACAAAAUGACCUAGUAGCCCAAGCUUUGAAAGCAGAUUUGGUCCCUUACCUUCUAAAGCUGCUUGAAGGUAUUGGUCUUGAGAACCUGGAAAGCCCAUCUGCAACGAAAGCUCAGAUUGUUAAAACUCUGAAAUCUAUGUCUCGCAGCCUGCAGUAUGGAGAACAGGUAAAUGAAAUCCUGUCUCGUUCUUCUGUGUGGAGUGCCUUCAAGGAUCAGAAACAUGACUUGUUCAUUUCUGAGACGCAAACAGCAGGAUACCUCACAGGCCCUGGAGUUGCUGGUUACCUUACUGCAGGGACGACAUCCUCUGUAAUGCCCAACGUACCACCCCCGGUAGACAACGAAGUGGGAGAUGUCAGCUAAGGACUGGAAAUUCUCUUGAAAGAGAGAAAGGCAGACUGGCCAGUGAUGAGGAACAGCACUUUCCUCCAACACAUUGAAGUGAACUUCCUGCCUUUCCAAGUGUUUAAUGACAGUGUUACUCCUUUUUCUAUGACCUUUUUUUUGGUGGUGUUUUUUUUCUAGGAACAGUCAGUGAUUCUAACUAUCACACUGUAACACAAGAAAGCACUCUGUGGAUCAGCUGAAAUGGGUACACAAGAAUUUUUUCUUGUUGUACAUUAAGCACAUUUUGUUCCUUUAUAUUUGUUUACAAGACUGUGAAUCAGACUUUCCUAGUUUUUAUAUUUUAUGAAUUAGCAUGACUGGAGUUGAGCUACAGUCUAGAGGAAUUGGGCUAAAAUCACUUUGACCUCACAGACCUCCCCCCUCUGCCAAAAGGCAUCCCUUCUUUUCCCAGUCUGAUGUGAUCACUCACAUUGAACGUGAGUUGCAAAGGGUUUGUCCCUGCACCAGUUCACUGAUGUCCUUAAUCAUUAACACUUUCAUCUUCCCGAGAUCAAACAGCAUUAGACAUUUGUAUGUAUAACUGGCUUGACCAAAUUGACAAAGCUUCAGCAAAAAAACUUAAAGUUGACAUGUUAUGUAAGAAAUUAGUGUAAUUGUGAAAUGUUCUAUACAUUAUCCAGUAUAUAAAAACUUUCUAUAUUGAGUGUACAUUAUACAGAUCAUUCAUAUGUACAUAAAAUUUUAAAAUAAAGGGAAUUAAGAGCCUUGUUAAUGAGA